CUUUGCAAUACGCUACGGAGUAGUUUUUUUUCUGUUGUCACUUAAAUGUUUCAAAACAAAUUUCGUUUCUAAUUGUAUAUAGCGGCACAAUGUGAGGUUUUGGUGUAUGUGUACGUUGGGAAAGAUCCAUUCAUCUAACUACAGUCUUUUCUGUGAACCCAUCCUGAGAAUUAGCAAUACAAAGAAGACCUGAUGCGACCGCUCCAGGUUGUCCCCAGCCGGUUAAUUUCCCAGCUGUGCUGUAGACUGAAACCUCCAGCCUCCGGAGGAACCAAGAUUUGCCCAGUGAUGGCUCGGCCAAGUUCAAGUAUGGCAGAUUUCCAGAAGUGUUUUGCACAAGCAAAGCACAUAGUCAUCAUUUCUGGGGCCGGCGUCAGCGCCGAAAGCGGAGUCCCGACGUUCCGAGGGGCCGGAGGUUACUGGAGGAAGUGGCAAGCUCAGGACCUUGCCACCCCUGAGGCCUUUGCCCGCAACCCCUCCCGGGUGUGGGAGUUCUACCACUACCGGCGGGAGGUGAUGCAGAGCAAGGAGCCCAACCCUGGGCACCUGGCCAUCGCCGAGUGUGAGACACGGCUGCACGGCCAGGGCCGCCGCGUCAUGGUCAUCACCCAGAACAUCGACGAGCUGCACCGCAAGGCUGGCACCAAGAACCUUCUGGAAAUCCAUGGUAGCCUGUUUAAGACUCGAUGCACCUCUUGUGGAGCCGUGGCUGAGAACCAUAAGAGUCCAAUUUGCCCAGCUCUCUCAGGAAAAGGUGCUCCAGAACCUGAAACUCAGGAUGCCAGAAUCCCAGUGGAGAAACUUCCCCGGUGCGAAGAGGCAGGCUGCGGGGGCCUACUGCGACCUCACGUCGUGUGGUUUGGAGAACACCUGGAUCCUGUGGUCCUGGAGGAGGUUGACAGAGAGCUCGCCCUCUGUGACCUGUGCCUAGUGGUAGGAACAUCCUCUGUGGUCUACCCAGCUGCCAUGUUUGCCCCCCGAGUGGCUGCCAGGGGGGUGCCAGUGGCCGAAUUUAACAUGGAGACCACGCCAGCCACAACCAGAUUCAGGUUUCAUUUCCAAGGACCCUGCGGGACGACCCUCCCCGAAGCCCUUGCCCGUCACGAAACAGAAGCUGGCUCGUAGGUGUCCUGGGAAGAAAGACGAAAUCACAGUUCAGACGAGAACCAGGCCACAGAUCCGGGAGAGGUGGACUUGCGGAUGGGUGGUGAGCCUACUACUGGAGAUCUGAACAUGCCCUCUGAUUCCAAUCUGUUAGAAGUUAGCAGCAGCAAACCUGUUAGGGAGAACAAAAUCCGAGCGCUUUGAAGCUAAUGCACGUUACUCGGGUGGAACUUAAACAUGAGCAUUGUUGUGUUUGGUUGGCUAUGGGGAGGCAAAGCAAUCUGUGAUUGUAUGAUCUAACAUGUAAUUAUCCUGAUUGCGUUUUUGCUCUUUGGGCAAAGAUGACCAGGUAAAAUCUGAACACUGGUUCUAAUUUUCAUGUAAGCUUGGAUGAUCAAUAAAGCCGUGCACCCACUGCAGUGGGUGUCGUGUUGUGUGAA